AGCCGCUGUGUGAACAGUUGGCAGGUCUCCUUGGUUCGGCACGAAACCUUCGUGUCCUAGCUCUUACUCUCACGCAUGAUUUGCUCGAAGUGGAACCACGCAUCGGCGACGCUCUCGUAUCGUUGGAGGGCCUGAAGGUUAUUCAACUCAAAACAUACCAUCUCGUGCACUCCAUGUAGUAAGCCAGAUGAAGAGCCGACCAACAACAGUGGUGCUCUCGUUUGACCUACGAUCCUCGGUGCUUGGCAACCUCGUCGCUCUGAGCCACUUCGACUUAUUCCGCGACGUGCACACCGUGGAGCUGAAUAGCCAUCCAGACUUGGAUAGGGAUUCAUCUGCCCAGUUUCCCCUUGGGCAGCUUGGACAGCUGCCUGCUGUGCGUGAGGUCCGUCUGACUAGUCGCGAGGCAUUGCCCGUGUUCCAUGUCUUCCCCAACAUGCAUACACUGCGCGCGCAUGCCUUCAAGUUCACUCCGCAAAAAUGGAUGUGGCCAGCAUCUGUGCCCCUUCUGGACGUUACUGUCUCAUUUCAGGAGCUGGUCCAUUUCACGACGGCGCUGAUUCGUCGACUCUACCUGUAUUGCUAUGCUUCAUCUGAUCAUAUCCUUGAUCGACUCGCCAGCACCUUGCAAUCUACAAGACCCAUUUGUCUAUCAUGCACCUUUUUCCGCGACAUGCAAAGCCCAGGCAGCCUCAGUAACUGGGCUGGUUUGUUCCAAACCGUCCUUUGCCCCCAGGGGCGCCUGCGGUACUUCGAAGUCACGUUUGAUUGUACAUGUGACAACCAGUGCCCAUUGCUGUGGACGGUGCGUCCGAGUACAGUGAACCAUCUCACCCGCUCACACAAGGAUUCCCCUGUUAGGAAUGGUUUCUCCCGGCCACCGGCCGGUCCAACCGCGACUCCAGCCUCCUAUGUAUGCGACUCAACUUCAGAGUCGACCGGGCGUCAGCAACUCUGCGAUCCGAACGACCUUUGACCAUGCAUGAUGCCGCUCAACGAGUGGCACAACAUGUAUCUUCGGUCCAGUUCAUAUGCAUUACCAUGGAGCCCACAUCCUCUGCAGAACAGGAACUCAAGGAGUUCACUU